AGCUAAUUAGAACAAAUAUUCAGCAAUUAUUGUAAUUUAUAUUAGGAAAAAGAGCCCUGAACUAGUCUCUCAGUUUUUUACUCUGACUUUCUGACUUAUUUAUUAGUGGGCGUUGUCAUAACACAUUAAAAAAUCACGCUGCUUUUGCUUUAGGAUUUGUGUUGUAAGAAAAGCUAUUAAUUAGAUUAGAAGCUAAAACAAUGAUUCAGAGUAGAUCACCCAUGCUUAAAUAACUGUGUAAUGAAUAUGGCCACUUGCAAAAACUACCUACUCUGUAAAUCUAAAAUAUGAAAGGCAUUUAGAGGCAGUUCAGCAUGGUUUGUAUUAAAUUUGAAGUAUUAAUAACGUGCAUUUCCUCAAAAUUCUCUCCUAAUCAUACACUCAUUAAGAAGCUUAUAUCAAAAAUAAAGAAAUUCUCUAUUAGAAGUGUUGAACGUUAUAAAUUAUCACAAUUAACCCUUGCCCUAGUUUAUAUGUAUCUGACUUCAACACAAUUUGAUGCAUUGGAUCAUCAGAAAAUUGUAUUGAUAAAAUUCUAGAAUAUAGAACUUAUUAUUCUAUUGUAACAACAUUGUAAUAAGUGAGAUCCUCGAAUCACUUGAACCACUUUAGCUCAUAAAGUCAUCUACAAUUUUAGCAGGACAAAACUUAGCCUGCAUGCAUCCUUUAUUUCAGCUGCUGACAAAAUGGUCUAAUUUCAAAGUUGAAACCCACUUGACCUACCCAGCUUUAUCUUAUUAACUUUUAAUACUUCAUUAGAAAUUUGUUUGGUUUAUGAAACUUUAACUCAUCCUUUUUGUUAUUUAAAAUAUUUGCUGCCAGUAUUCGUUUCAUAAAUAAUAGAGGGGAAUUGUUAUUAAUUGCUUCAUUUUAAGUAUGAACUUGUGUAGAGUAUACUUUUUUUAAGGCACUUAUCUGAAACUAAGUUCAUUCACUAAAAGAACAGUUGAAAAUUUUAUGUUGAAAUGUUUAUUGUUGUCAAAGUCCUGUUGCUGAUAUCAAAC